GAACAGAUGCUAGUCGUUGGUUUGCUGCUGCUGGCCGCCUCCUGCUGCACGGCUCGACCCCAGGGCGAUGUGGAGGUGGUCGAAUACGAGUCGGAUAACAUUGGCAUCGGCGGCUACAAGUUCAGCUAUAAGCUCAGCGAUGGCACCACACGCACCGAGGAGGCAGUCGUGAACAAUGCGGGCACCGAGAACGAAUCCUUGUCCGUGCGCGGAUCCGUCAGCUGGGUGGCGCCCGAUGGACAGACCUAUACCAUUAACUUUGUCGCCGAUGAGAAUGGAUUCCAGCCGGAGGGUGCGCACAUACCCAAGUAA